CUCUAAAAUUCAGUUUCUCUCUCUUAGAAAAUGGGCGAACCUGUAAUUGCAGUCGAAGAGCAGCCAAUCUCAACCGAAAUUCAAGGAAAAUCUCCCAUUCAUGGGAGACUCAAGCGAGCCGACUCGUUUGACGCCGAGUCUCCCGGCUUAAAAAGGGGCUCCCAGACUCAUAGUUGGGGCGCAAUUUUCAAUCUCGCUUUCCAAAGCAUAGGCGUUGUUUAUGGGGACAUUGGAACAUCUCCACUGUAUGUGUAUUCGAGUACAUUCGCGAGUAGCAUUCAGCACAACGAUGACAUAUUGGGGGUCUUGGCUAUCAUCAUAUAUACCCUUAUACUCAUCACUCUGAUCAAAUAUGUGUUCAUUGUACUCCAAGCAAAUGAUAAUGGCGAUGGGGGCACUUUUGCUUUAUAUUCAUUGAUAUGCCGAUACGCCAAGGUGAGUCUCAUCCCGAACCAGCAAGCUGAGGACCGAGACGUGUCGAACUACAGGUUGGAGCCUGCAAGCAGGAGCUUGGCUCGAGCAUCCAAGGUGAAAUCAUGGCUUGAAGGCUCGGCAACUGCCAAGUUUACCCUGUUGCUAAUGACCAUGCUUGGAACCUCUAUGGUCAUCGGGGAUGGUGUCCUCACCCCUUGUAUUUCAGUAUUAUCAGCCGUGGGAGGAAUCAAGGGAGCUGCCAGUUCUUUGACUGAAGGACGGAUUGUUUCGAUAUCUGUAGCGAUCUUGGUCUGUAUUUUCUUGGUACAGAGGUUUGGCACAGAUAAAGUUGGUUAUAGCUUUGCACCGAUUAUUUUAGUGUGGUUUCUUUUUAUCGGAGUCAUUGGCUUCUACAACUUUUGUAAGUACGACCCUGGGGUGAUCAAAGCCUUUAAUCCAAAAUACAUCAUAGACUACUUCAGCAGGAACAAGAAGGAUGCUUGGAUUUCGCUUGGUGGGAUAGUCCUUUGUAUCACAGGAACUGAGGCAAUGUUUGCUGAUCUUGGCCACUUCACGGUGCGAUCGAUACAGAUUAGCAUGUGCUCAGUUGUUUUCCCAUCACUCAUCCUUGCGUAUACUGGCCAAGCAUCCUACCUACGGAAGCACAACGAGCAUGUGAAAGACACCUUUUACAAGUCUAUACCAACUCCCUUGUACUGGCCCAUGUUUGUGGUGGCGGUAGGUGCUGCAAUCAUCGCUAGCCAAGCAAUGAUAUCAGGAACAUUCUCCAUUGUUCAACAGUCCCUUGCUAUGGGGUGCUUUCCACGUGUGAAGGUGGUACACACAUCCUCAAAGUACGAGGGGCAAGUCUUCAUACCUGAGGUCAAUUACCUCCUCAUGAUUGCGUGUGUGCUGGUUACAGCAGGAUUCCGUACCACGGAAAAGAUAGGCAAUGCAUAUGGGAUUGCAGUUGUGUUCGUGAUGACACUCACGACUGCACUUGUAACCUUAGUCAUGGUCAUGAUAUGGAAGACCAACAUCUUCCUAAUCCUGGCCUUUGUACUUGUACUUGGCUCAGUCGAGCUCCUUUAUCUGACCUCUGUCCUCUACAAAUUCACCCAAGGUGGCUACCUCCCCUUAGCCUUUGCAGCCUUCCUCAUGACUAUCAUGAGUGUAUGGAGCAUGGUACACUUGCGCAAAUACAACUAUGAGCUCCAACACAAAGUCCCGACCAGAAACCUGCUUGACCUGACUACAAAACCGGAGGUCCACCGGGUCCCGGGCAUCGGUCUAUUCUACUCUGAGCUAGUAGAGGGCGUCCCACCCAUUUUCUCUCACUACAUUGACAAUGUGCCUGCCGUCCACAAAGUUUUAGUGUUUGUGUCCAUGAAGUGGCUGCCUAUAGGGCGGGUCCCACAAGAUGAACGCUUCUUGUUUAGGCGAGUAGGGCCCCGUGAGCUUGGGGUUUUCAGGUGCAUAGUGAGAUAUGGUUACACUGAUGCGGCUUUGGUGCAUGGGGAGUUUGAAGCCGGGAUCGUAGAGGGGUUGAAGCAGUAUAUAAACUCCGAGCACAUGUGGAGUAUGGGGGAGGAUGGGGAGGUUGUAGCGAGAGAGUUUGAUGAUAAAGAGGAGGUAGAGAGAGAAUUGAGGGAGGUGGAGAAGGCAAUGAGUACGGCAGUAGUGUAUUUGGUGGGUCAGACUGAGGUGGUGGCUAGGAGCGAGGCGAGGUGGUGGGAGAGGGUGCUGAUAGACUAUCUAUAUACUUGGUUGAGGAGGAAUGUGAGGCAGGGGGUGGAGGUGCUGCGUAUUCCUAAUAGAAGAAUGGUGAAGGUGGGAAUGACUUAUGAGCUCUGACCAACCCAAUUGAUUGGUUAGAGAGAGAGAGAAGGUGACUCUUGGUGUCCCUCCAAGAGGUUUCCCAAUCUUGUUUAUCUUGUUUUUCCUCUUUUUUUGGUGUAUGUGAUGUGAAAGCAAGGAAAAGAGAAUAUACAUGAAAAACAACAUAUAUAAGGAAGUUUUAUUUGAAUUGAA